UUCGCAGUCCAAACUUUUGCUUGCCUGAUUGAUGGAGAUGGAUAUCGACAAAGUAUUCGGGGUCACCGACAGCAUCAUGCACUUUAACCCCGCCGGGUGUUGGUGCUCAGUCCAAGCUUGUGUUUGCCCUCCCCCAAAAAGACCCUGGCAGUGUGUCCUUCCUCGGUCUCGAGAUAGGUAAUCGAUAUUGCUUCAACCUGCCUGUCUAACCGACAGAAAUGAAGACACACAUUGCCAUGGUCUAGGCCAAACUACAAAAAAGGACAGUCUUGUAACUAUUAUAACACUCAACGCAUCUCAAGAAAUGCAGAAAAAUCAUGGUCUCUGAUAAAGCACCGUGGAAAACGCAGAACGUCACGUAUCAAUUGAUAUCAUGCGCCCCAGGUCCCCCCUUCUUCCCCUUCUCGGGGUCAUCACCAGCCCCCUCCUGAGUCAUGUCAACGCCUUUCGUGGCUUCGAUGGCUGUCCCCGCCCAUGCUCUGUUUCCGGCUUCAACCCAUCCAACUGGACCGUGUACUCGCACCUCAGCCGACUCGACGCGUGUGACAAGGCCGUGAUGCUGGACUUUUCCAUCUAUGCACCCGUUGACGAGGCCCAGCGGGUCAGAAGCUGCGCAGUUUGGGGAUCUGAUUUUGAGAAUGCUGCGGCCGCUGCCGAGACCAACAACGACCAUGCGCAGAUAAACACCACGACAGAGUCGGUCAACCUGGAACUGGCAUGGUGGAAUGGGGGUGACUCAUCGUCGUCAGCGCGAAGGAGUGAUGUCAUCGAUGUCAUAGCUGCCAUGGCCGAGGUGCAGAGCUACCUGACGCAUGCACGUGAGUUGAACAACAACAGGACAAUCCUCUUUGCCGCUUCGGGGAAUGCCGCUGUGGGCAUCUACGUUGGCGCGGCGGUCACCAACACGGGCGUCCCAAGCGCCGUCGUGCAACCCCUGAUUGAUCGGAUCCGGACCAGCGGCAUCUCCAAGGGGGGGGCUCUCGCGCAGGUCUGCGGCACCGACAGAACAAACCAGGACACGGUAGGCAUAAUCGCCACGGUGGAUGGCGGAUUUGCCUCGGUUCAAAGCGCUCUCAGGGCCUGGAUAUCGGGAGCCAUGUGUGUUGACGGUGCGGAUGGCAGCAUGCAGAUUCCAAACACGACAAUCUCCACCGCAGCCGAUCCGCUGGUUGCGCCGCUGCCCAUUGUGUCCAACUCGACAACCCAUUCCAAUAAAACUUACGAGCCAGGGCAGCGACACCGGGGAUCGAAGCUGCACAAGCGCGCCGACUGCCGCACAUUGACGGUCGUCUCGGACGACAGCUGCUCCAAACUCGCCACCAAGUGCGGCAUCACACUCGACCAAUUCGAAACAUACAACCCCGGCAAAGACUUCUGCCAAUCUCUCCAGCCACAGCAGAGAGUCUGCUGCUCUUCAGGUCCCUUCCCGGUGCCAAAACAGGGAAGCGACGGCUCGUGCGCCUCGCACCUGACUAUCGCUGGCGACACGUGUGGGGUGCUGGCUCUGUCUAAUGGCAUCACGGUAGCGGACAUUGAGAAGUUCAACAAGGACACCUGGGGGUGGAACUCAUGCGACCCCUCAAAGUUUUUGGCCGGCAUGACCAUGUGCCUCAGCUCCGGGUCGCCCCCGAUGCCUGCUCCCAUCGAAGGCGCCGACUGUGGCCCCCAGGUGCCCAAUACUAAAAGGCCGGCUGCUGGCACGUCGUUGGCUGGUCUUAAUCCAUGCCCUCUCAACGUCUGCUGUGACAUUUGGGGCCACUGCGGUACCACAGACGAGUUCUGCGAUGCGAAACCCAACAAGUGCAUAUCCAACUGCGGCAAAGACAUCAUCAAGGGCUCAGCUCCCAGUUCUCGGAUGUCGGUCACGUAUUUUGAGGGCUUCAAUCUGCAGCGAGACUGUCUUAACAUGGACAUCUCCCAGGUCGAUACCAAGGCGUAUACGCACAUCCAUUUCGCCUUCGCCGUCAUUACCAGCGACUUCAAAGUCAGCCUAGGCAGCAAUGAAGCACUGUAUGAGUUCAACCAGUUUAGGAAUGUUGGCGGGGUAAAGAAGAUCUUGUCUUUCGGUGGCUGGGACUUUUCGACAAACCCCAGCACCUACAUGAUAUUCCGACAGGGCACCAAUGCCGCAAACCGCCAGCAGUUAGCUACGAACAUGGCGAACUUUAUCAAGGAUAAUGGCAUGGACGGAAUUGAUAUCGACUGGGAGUAUCCAUCGGCACCCGAUAUCCCCGGCAUCCCGGCAGGGGACAAGGCCGAGGGCAACAACCUUUUGGAGUUCCUCAAGCUCUUGAAAACCCAGCUGCCCGGGAAGUCGGUUUCCAUUGCGGCACCAGCGUCAUACUGGUACCUCAAGGGAAUCCCCAUCAUGGAGAUCAGCAAGGUCGUCGACUACAUCGUCUACAUGACCUACGAUCUCCACGGCCAGUGGGACUACGGCAAUAUGUGGUCCGACCCUGGGUGUCCCGGUGGCAAUUGCUUGCGAAGCGACGUCAACAUGACCGAGACACUCAACGCGCUGGUCAUGAUCACAAAAGCCGGAGUUCCUGCGAACAAGGUCGUGGUGGGCCUCACCAGCUAUGGACGCAGCUUCAAGAUGACAAGCCCAGGAUGCACCGCCGAGUCGUGCACAUACACCGGCAGCGUCUCCGGCGCGACUCCGGGACGUUGCACCCAGCAGGCUGGCUACAUUGGCGACGCAGAGAUUCAAGAGAUCCUCAAGACUAACUCCAAAGCGAAAACCUUUUUCGACUCGAAGAGCCAGACCGACAUCCUUGUCUACAACGACACCCAGUGGGCGAGCUAUAUGACGAAGGGAACCAAGGACACACGCAUUCAGCUGUACAACACGUACAACUUUCUCGGCUCCAGCGACUGGGCCAUCGACCUCGAGGACUUCCACGAGCCGCCCGGCACCAGCAAUCCGGAACCAGGAUCCUUCAGCUUGAAGCUGACGUGGGAUAUGUUCAAGGCCAACAUCAAGAGCAGUGGCAUCGCCACAUGCAAUGAAUCAUUCCGGACGGGAACUUGGGUAUCCAUACCAUGCACGGUCCCUGAAACCACAAACAACCUCAGGUAUUCGCCGCAAGAGCGCUGGAAGGCACUUGACUGCGACAGCGCCUGGAGCGACGCCCUGACUAGGUGGUUUGGCUGCGACGCCCCAGCCCAAAAUGGCACAUUCUCCCAAUCAGUUGCCAACUUUCUGCAUGUCCAGCCGCUUACCUCCUGCGAUGAUCUCUCCCUUUUCACCAACUGCGACAUGACGGUGGGCUGCGAGGCUCACAACACCGAGUAUGAUGAUAUCACUGCGAAGACAGGCGCUUGUGCUUACGAGAUAUGGAACUCAAUGGUCGUGGUACACGAGAUGGUUAAAAAUUUUCAAGCAACCUCUGAACUUGCCCGGACGAGAGUCAUGGAAAGGAAAGAUGACUUCAUCAAAGAUUUUGCGAGUUCAGCAAGUGGCGAUCUAGCUCCUUUGUUCAAUAUCCUUAACCCUGUCCUCGGCAUGGUUGGCGGGUGGUUCUUCAAGGGAUCCCUCGCUGGAAAGCCAGCCUAUAAAAACAGCUCCGACUUUUUAGAGUCAGCAACUAUGAAUGCCCUCUCCAUUUUCCUGGGCUUUGUUCCAAGUCUCUUGUCAAAGCCAGAAGAUCUUGGCAAAGUGGCUUGGGACGAUUGCAUAACCAGGACUUUCAAUGCCUGGAACCUCGCAGCCCAACAAUUCAUUAGCAUUGUCUUCAGUGGGAGUGCUGAUGGUGUGAAGGACCUUACAUCCAUCAUCGCCAACGGUGCUAUGAUUGACGGGAGUUCCGGCGGCACCAGCAAUAUCCCGACCAGAAACGUAACCGAGUCGUUCAUUGCCGAAGGCUUCGCCGAGCGAGCCUUCUUUGGCGUCUCAAUCCCCACCAUCUGGAACGACACCGGAUUGACCCCUGUGGUGCUGAUGACUGACUACGACUGCGGCACUCAGAACCCGCUAUCUCCCACCUACUUGGACGACUACGUGGGUCCGGAAACGUGGGUCUGCCUGCCGGACCAGAACAAGAUGUACUAUCUCGUGGGUGCCGAGGGCGACCAAGAUAACUGCGAGCAGGUUACUAAUGGCGGUCCAAAUACAUGCCAUAACCAUACGUUUAGAAAGCUUCACGGCACUGACAAACUAGACGGCAAGACCUGGGGUAAUCUGACUAGAGACGACAUUGUGGUUGGAGCCGUCAACACGUUCAUAGCAAACAAAGGGAACAAAGCUGGCGGUUUAAACCUCCAGGACAAGGCCACUCUUAAGAGUGUUGUACAGAGCGACAUCCGCGCGGCUGGCAUGAUCAACAUCCCUGUCUGCACAGCGAAGGAGGCCUACACCAACUGGACGAAGGGGAAGAAAGAGUCUAAGGCAAAGUUUUAUCCAUGUAACUAAGCGCUGUCCUCUUGGUGUCCUCGCCUGUUUCUGUUUCUGUUCUUGUCUUUGUGUGCGCGCUAGGUGCCAAAAGCUUGGUGCCGGAUUAUUUGCCGGUUCGGCUGGAGAGAUCGAUCUACAUUGCAGGGUACCGUAUUCCAGUCGUGUGACUGUUAAGACUAGCCUAUCCUCCUCCACUUCCGAAACUAG